CAGUCUCCACCCUCCUGGUGUCCAGCUGCAACAUUUUAUCCCACACACACGUACAUUUUCUGGUCUUUCAUGGUUCGGGCUUGUGAGAGGAAGAUGAAGUUCUUGGUAGCGAUCACGAUUAUUGUCGCCUCGGUGUUUUUCCUGCUGCUUCCCAACGGAUCUCAGGCUGAUGAGAAGAAGAAAGGGCCCAAAGUCACGGCCAAGGUGUACUUUGAUAUCCGGGUUGGAGAUGAGGACAUAGGGCGCGUCGUCAUCGGACUCUUUGGAAAAACCGUCCCGAAGACCACCGAGAACUUCGUCGCUCUGGCUACAGGAGAGAAAGGAUUCGGUUACAAGGGCAGCAAGUUCCACCGUGUGAUAAAGGACUUCAUGAUCCAGGGAGGAGACUUCACCAGAGGAGAUGGAACUGGAGGAAAGAGUAUCUAUGGUGAUCGCUUCCCUGAUGAGAACUUCAAGCUGAAGCACUAUGGCCCAGGAUGGCUGAGCAUGGCCAAUGCGGGCAAAGACACUAACGGCUCUCAGUUCUUCAUUACCACCGUGCAGACCCCAUGGCUCGAUGGGAAACACGUUGUCUUUGGCAAGAUCUUGGAGGGCAUGGAUGUGGUGAGAAAGAUCGAGAGCACGAAAACAGACGGCAGAGAUAAACCUCUCAAAGACGUCACCAUCCACGAAUGUGGCAAAAUCGAGGUGGAAAAACCUUUCGCUGUGCCAAAGGAGUAAAAGAACCCUAAUUGAUGAAACAGGACUGUGGGGUUCUGGGGUUUUAGCAGGUUUUGCUCUACCACUAAUUUUAGUGGUGUGUGCAUUCGUAUGUACGUGUGUGUGUGUGUUUUGGCAAUUCAACCCAACACACUUGCUCACACUUUUACAUCUGUAGCGGUCCACCUUGGGUCCAUUCUGAACAGGCAUUCCAUGUGGUCUCACACACAGACCCACUCGACACCUGCUUUUUGUAAACAAAUCUUCAAUAAAGGAUCCAGGUUUUGUUAA